AUGACGAGAAACAACGUUAAAAUUACCUCACAACCCCCUCACUGCCCCCUCACAACCCCCUCACAACCUCCUCACAACCUUUUCCCAACCCCCUCACUACCCUUUCACACCCUCCUCACAACCCCCUCACAACCACCUCACAACUCCCUCACUACCCCCUCACAACCACCUCACAACCCCUUCACAACCCCCUCACAACCCUCUCACAACCCUCUCACAACCCCCUCACAACCCCCUCACAACCUCCUCACAUUUUCCUACAAGCCGGACCUCGACGCCUCAGACCCAAAUUCGAAUCGACCCAUCUCCAACCUGUCGAUUUUAUCGAAACUUCUCGAGCGCGUUGUGGCCCGGCAGCUAAAUAACUACCUUCAUAAGUCAGGUCUCAUGUCUCGGCUCCAGUCUGCAUACCGUCGUCACCACUCGACGGAGACCGCCAUGCUGAACGUUCUUUCGGAUAUUCGGACCGCGGCAACAUUGUGGCCCUGGCUUUACUAG